UGACGGGAGCGCGCUGUGACUCCUGUAAAGCUCCUAAGAUUUCCUAAAGACUUCCGUUUUUAGUCUGCGAUCGUGAAAAUCGUUUGUUGUGAGCCCAGCAUAACUCAGAAGUUGCAGGAACUGACAGUGAUUGUCGUGGCAUUGGCAGGUGACAAGCCUCAAUCAAUGGGCGUGGUUUUAAGACACCUGUGAACGUUUAUAAAUUGUUUCCGGCUCCUUAAAGGCUUGAAUUGUGCCUUAUGUUGCAAGUCGUUUAACAAAUCCACAGCAUCCAUUUGCAUUCGUCCUGAAUUAUAUUCAGCAAUGGCUUCAACAAAGCCAUACAUUGGAUGCAAAAUAGGAUUGAUUUCCAAAGCCCAGAAUCGUUAUGAGGGGAUUUUGUAUACAAUUGAUAAAAUCAAUUCCACAGUGGUGCUGGCAAAAGUGAGGUGUUUUGGAACAGAGGGACGACUCACUGAUAGACCAACACCUCCCAAAGAUGAUGUUUAUGAAUACAUCACAUUCCGGGGAAGUGAUAUCCAGGACAUCACACUGUGUGAACCCCCAAGAUCUCACCAUGGCCUGCCCCCAGAUCCCGCUAUUGUUCAAUCAUCCAGUGCAGGCUCAUCAGGAAUCUACUCAACUCUUGGGCCGUUCAGUCCCUUAAGGAUGCCUGCCUUUAAUCAGAUAGCCAGUUCUGUGCUCAACCAACAAUAUGCUGCAGCUCUUGGCAUUGGCUCUGUGCUUCCAGACAUGCACUCUAGACGGGGCCCCAUGGUGGAAAAGGCUGUUCAAACUGUUCAAGUUGAAAGACCGAGGCAGAGAACAGGUUUAACUGUGCCACAGGAGCACCAGUGGGACAGGAGAAGGGCCCAGAGGACCAGAGGAGAGGGUUCUCGACCUCAAAGAGACUGCAGAGCCACUAUUAAGCCAGGCCCAGUUGUGACUACUUCUCAGCAGGAAACAUGGCGGCAGAAUAUUGAAAACAGGCCACCACCCAGAAGAAAGCAAGGAGCACAAAGGCGCAGGAGCCGUCGUAGAGGCCAGCUGAUGGUGGCUAACGUUCCAUCUCCCAUCCUUAAGUUUGACACAGACUUUGACUUUGACUCCUCAAAUGCACAGUUUAAGGAGGAGCUCGAGAGGGAGGUGCAGGAAAGGAAAAAUGUAACUGAUGGAAAUUUUGAGCUAGAGGGGAUUCGCUCGACUUCAGAAAAUGAACCAUGUGGGCCAAAAUGCUACUAUGACAGGGCGAAGUCUUUCUUUGACAACAUCUCAUCUGAUAAUGGGUUCAGAUUAACUUGGGCAGAAGAGCGGAAGCGCAAUCUGGAGACUUUUGGGGUCCCUGGACGGUUCUUUAGGGGCCAAGGCUUCAGAGGUGGCUAUGCUGGACGAAGAGUAAGAGGACGAGGUGCUGCUCAGCUCGUACCUUCACACAGCCAGAGUGGACUGCUGUAAAUACUGAAGUUUGAUAUGAGGGCACUAGCAAACUCACCUUUUUCAAUAAUUCCAUCUUUUAUUUCCUAAAUGGACUGUCAUUUGUUCUGGCCCUGUAAAUGAAGUUCUUUUCCUUUCAUUCCCACCCCUGUGGCAGCUAUCUUGUGAUUAUAUUGCAGAUAGUAACUUUUUGUUUUUGAAUGUUUUGAGAAACUUUUUUUUUUUUAUGGGAGAUUAAUAUUUAAGUCAACUUUUCUGUUUUUGAGAAAAUGUAUUUGUUUUGUGAAACUCUGAAUUGACCUCUUUAGUGUGUUUAAUCUUUGUAUAUUCACUUAAUUUCCAAAUGAUAAUUGUAAAUGUGAGCAUAAAAUGAACUAAACAUAUUUACAUGUU